CCUCGGUUCCCUUUCAGCCGUUUAACAGCUGAUUUUGCUCGCGAAGCCAGUCAUUGGCCCGCUUUGGAGCAAGAACAACACGCGCGAGGUCUAUCUCGACUUUACCGGAUACUCUCGUUGAAAGAAUCCACUUUGUUCACUCAGAUAAGUGUCGAGAAAGAAAGAAAAAACAUGGAUUACACUGGAAAAUGCCCGAAGAGAGUCAAUCCCUCUCUAAACGCCAAUCCGCUGUCAGAACUGAUCUUUGCAUAUAUGUUUCCAAUUUUCAAAAAAACCUACAAGGAAAAACUGACAGAAGACGACCUGUUCUCUCCAUUGCCCUCGCAUGAUUCCGCCAUCAUUGGAGAGAAAUUGGAGAAAGCAUGGAAGGAGGAACACAAGAAACACAAAAAGUUUGCCUUACAUUUGGCCUUACUCCGUGUAUUCGGAAUACGAUUCUUUAUCCUAGGAAUUAUAGUAUUAGUUAAUGAAAUAAUGCUAGUGACUGUGAUACCCAUUUCCAUAGGUAAGCUAGUGAAGUAUUUUGAAACAGGUCAAACGAUUAUAUCAGAAAGCGAAGCUUACUUUUAUUGCGGUGCCAUAAUUCUGUGCCUGGUAGCUGAUAAUAUAAUUGCGCAUCCGAAAAUGAUGGGCCUGCAGCAUCUGUCAAUGAAAAUGCGAGUAGCAUGUGGAUCUCUUAUAUACAGAAAAACAUUGAGGUUGAGUCGAACAGCUUUGGGCAAGACCACCAUAGGCCAGAUGGUGAACUUACUCUCCAAUGACUUAGGAAGGUUCGACCAAGGCUUCCAAAUGGCCCACAUUGCUUGGGUGGGCCCUAUAGAAGUGGCCGUUGGAACAUGGCUACUGUAUAGAGAGAUAGGAGUGGCAUCCCUGUUCGGUGUUGCCUUUUUACUGUCAUUCGUGCCUAUACAAGCUUAUUUAGCCAAAAAAACCUCGGUUUUGAGGUUGAAAACAGCAAUUCGAACUGAUGAAAGAGUGAGACUUAUGAACGAAGUCAUAUCAGGAAUUCAAGUGAUCAAAAUGUACUGUUGGGAGAAACCGUUUGCUAAAUUAGUGUCUUUUGCGCGAAGAAAAGAAAUGCAGGCAAUCAAAGGAAGGGCUUACAUCUUCGGUCUGAUUUAUUCCUUCGAAGUCUUCAUUGCCCGAACUUCAAUUUUCAUCAGCAUCUUAGGCUUUGUCUUGUUGGGAAACGUAAUAAAUGCAGAAAAAGUCUUCGCCAUCACAGCAAUCUACAACGUCCUCAGACCAUUUAUAACCAUCCUUUUCUCGAUUAGCAUCUCCAGCAUUGCUGAAACCAACAUCUCCAUUCACAGAGUUCAGAAAUUCCUCAGUUAUGAAGAAAUAGAACCAGCGGAAGAAAAAGAACACCUUUCUCUAAGCAUAGACAAGGAAAAACCAGUUAAAAAAGCUUUAACCAAUGGAUCUAACGGAUCUCUGAGAGAUAAACCUGAGUUAAAUGGAUAUGGUAAAGGUGUUCAAGCUAGAGCAAAGUUAACACUACAUAACGUUAGUGCCAAAUGGUCUGAGGAUUCUUCCGAUGAAACUUUGCACAAUAUCAGCUUAAAUGUUAAUCCUGGACAGUUACUGGCCAUUAUAGGUCCAGUAGGAAGUGGAAAAAGUAGUCUUAUCAAUGUGAUACUAGGUGAAUUGUCUAUAAGAAACGGUUAUAUGGAACUAAACGGAAAAAUAUCGUUUGCUUCUCAGGAACCUUGGUUAUUUUAUGGAAAUGUCAGGCAAAACAUUCUAUUUGGUGAGGAGUUCGACGAAGAACGAUACGAACAAGUCGUUCAGGUUUGUGCCCUUAAAUCUGACUUUAACUUGUUACCCUACGGUGACAAAACCCUUGUUGGUGAACGUGGUAAAGCCCUAAGUGGUGGUCAGAAAGCCAGAGUCAACUUAGCCCGAUGUAUCUACAAAAAAGCAGAUGUUUACUUGCUGGAUGACCCUCUUUCAGCUGUUGAUGCAAACGUUGGCAAGCAUCUUUUCGAGAGCUGUAUCAGAGACUAUCUGAGGGACAAAAUUCGGAUUCUGGUCACUCACCAGCUUCAAUAUUUGCAAGGCGCUCAGAAAAUUAUCAUCAUGAACGACGGACAGAUUCAGAUGGAAGGAAACUACAAAGAGUUGCAAAGUAGUGGUUUGAACUUUAGUAAACUACUGGAAGAAUAUACUGAAGAGGAAGAAGAAAAACGGAAAGCCAUCUCUAGACAAAACUCAGAAUUGAAGAUGAUGGAAUUGGAUGAAUCAGAUGAAGAAGAAGAACCAGAAAUCUCAAAAGAAAGUCAAGGCAGUGGAAAAAUCUCUGGAAAAGUCUACAAGGACUAUUUUAAAGCAGGUGGAAAUAUGUGUAGCAUCUUUAUCCUGGUUUUGGGGUUCGUUUUGUGCCAGGCUGCAGCCAAUGGGAGCGAAUACUACGUCACUUACUGGGUGAACUUAGAACAAGUAUACGCUGAUCGAGUUCAAGCAAACCAAAGUACGGAAGAUGUAGAAAUAAACAGGGAAGAAAUCAUUUAUAUUUACUCAGGAUUGAUAGUUUCCACCAUCAUUAUUGCUAUAGCAAAAAGCGUGUAUUACUUGGUAUUCUUUACUGUAGCUUCGAGGAAUUUACAUGACUUCAUUUUUACUAGAAUUGUCAAAGCUAAAAUGAAGUUCUACAAUACCAAUCCUACGGGAAGGAUACUAAACAGGUUUUCCAAGGAUAUGGGGUUGAUUGAUGAGUAUAUUCCUUCAGUUCUGCUUGAUCUUAUUGAAAUAGCUUUGCUUAUGUUCGGUACCAUCGUACUUACAGUUAUAGUGGAACCAUACCUGAUUCUACCAGCCGUGGCUAUAUGCAUACUGUUCUACAUGUUCAGGAGUGUUUAUAUCAAAACAAGUAGAAACGUCAAACGAUUAGAGUCAAUAACAAAAAGUCCUAUUUUCAGCCAGAUGACAGCCUCAGUGGAAGGCUUAAGUACCAUAAGAGCCUUCUCAGCACAAACUUUGCUCAUCAAUGAGUUCGAUGAGCUGCAAAAUAGACACAGCGCAGCCUGGUUCUUGUUCAUUGCUUCGAGCAGAUGUUUCGCAUUUUGGCUGGACACAAUAGCAGUAACUUGCAUAGGGGUGGCUACAUUUACUCUGAUCUACUUCAAUAAAGUACUCUACGGUGGAGACAUUGGUCUGAUAAUAACCCAAUACAUGGGUCUGAUGGGUUCACUCCAAUGGGGCAUGCGUCAAUGGAGUGAACUAGAGAACCAAAUGACUUCAGUUGAACGGGUUUUGGAAUACACCAAGCUGGAAUCGGAACCAGAACGAUGUUCCGAAGUGACAGUACCCGAAACAUGGCCGGAUCACGGCCAGGUCAAGUUCAAAGCAGUCAAACUGAGAUACGACGAAAAAGACGAAUAUGUGUUGAAGAAUUUGAACUUUUCCGUGGAGCCCAAAGAAAAAAUUGGUAUUGUUGGUAGAACAGGCGCUGGAAAAUCAUCAACUAUCUCCGCAUUGUUUCAAUUGUAUGACCUGGAAGGAAGUAUCGUUAUUGACAACAUAGAUACAACAACAAUUCCUCUGGAACAAGUCAGAACAAAAAUUUCGAUCAUACCGCAGGAGCCUGUAUUGUUUUCAGGUACAAUGAGACGAAACUUAGAUCCUUUCGAAGAAUACAGCGACGACAUCUUGUGGGACGCAUUGGAACAAGUCGAACUAAAGGAUGUCAUUGCUGACAUGCCAGCGGGUUUAAAUUCAAACGUCUCUGAAGGAGGAUCAAACUUCAGUGUAGGCCAGAGACAAUUGGUGUGUCUGGCCAGAGCCUUGAUCCGACACAACAAGAUCUUGGUUAUGGAUGAGGCAACUGCCAACGUUGAUCCCCACACUGAUUUGCUGAUCCAGAACACCAUAAGAGAGAAGUUUGCUGAUUGCACGGUGUUCACGAUAGCCCACAGGCUGCAUACUGUAAUGGACUCGGACAAAAUACUGGUGAUGAACGGAGGGAUGAUAGAAGAAUACGAUCAUCCCUUCGUGUUGCUGCAAAAAGAAAAUGGUUUCCUAAGAAGUUUGGUGGAUGAUACAGGGAAAAACAUGUCUAAAACUCUAGAGAACAUCGCGAAGGAAAAUUAUUUAAAGAAAACUGAAUAGAAAAAUUAUUCAAAUUAUUUCUUUGUAGGCUUAGGACUUAACGAAAAAAGACUAAACCAAUAUACCUAUCUGCCAGUGUCUGUGAUCAUUCUUACUUUGUAAACAUAUCUUUACGCAGUAUUUUCACGAGAUUUUUUUUUAUUUUUGGUACAAAUUUAUUCAUAAUUAUUUUUAGUACUCCUUAAUACUUAAUAAAACUGAAUAAACAAGUUAUAUCAAAGUUA